AUGCCAACAACAUUAUCAUCCGAUCGCUAUUCAGCGGUUUCAUCAUCAUCUGCCUCUUCUACCUCAUCAAACAGUUGCUACAAUACGAAUAAUAAUAAUAAUAAUAAUAAUAAUAAUUCUUUAUCUCAAUCAUCUCGAUCAUCUUCAACUUUUUUACCACUUCGUUCAGCAACUUCAUCAUUUCAUCUAUCAAAGUUUAAUAAUACAAAUUAUCGUUCUAUGCAAUCACUUAAAGUUCCAAAACAAUAUCAAACAAAUCAAACACCUGUUGCUCGUAUAACACCACGUAUUAUUAAUCAAAAACUAUCAUCCAAUAAAUUAAUUAAACAACAAGAUCAAGAUGAAGGUUGGCUUAGUUGUGAAGAAUUAGAAACAAUUGAAAAACGUUUUAAUGAUUUAUUACAAGAACCAACCUUUAAAAAAUCAAUCCUCUUAAAUAAUUCUCAAGAACAAGAACAACAACAAAAACGAGCAAAAAGUUGUGAUCGAUUAGCAUUAAAAGAUGAAGAUAUUAAAUUAACAUUAUUACGUAUUCCUCGUAAAUCAUUAAUAGAUCAAAUGGAAAAUGAAAAUAUACAUAAUCAAUUACCAUUACCAACAUCAUCUAUUUAUGAUAAUAAUACACAUCCUCGUUCACAAACUCCUCAUCAAAUUCUUUCGUCAUCAUCAUCAUCUACUCGAACAGUUCUUACGGCAAAUGAUAUUCUUAAAGUUGAAUCAUCCUAUCGAAGUAUUGGUACUCAAGUAUUUGCUUGUCAUUGUUUAUGUGAAUUAUAUAUAACAACAGCUGAUCGAUUAGCUAAACUUGAAGAUUGGAUAUUAUUUCAACAUGGUUUACCUGUAUGGUUACUUAAUUCAGGUACUGAUCCUAAACGUCAAUCACGUUUAUCUUUAAUUAUUGCUGAAAUUGGUUCUGGUUUUCCAAUCUGGGAAGAUACAAUUAAUGGUUUUAGUGAUGUUAAACAAGCUCGUGCACAACAUAUUACAUUUCGUUUAUCUGAUCAAGAAACACUUGGCGUAAUACGUUUUCAUAAUUUAUCAGCAUCGAAAGAAUUUUAUUCAUUUUAUAAAGCAAUACGAUGCGAUAUUCGUUAUGAACAUUUAUUUUCAACAAUAAUAUUAAAUAAACAGAAAAGAAGUUCAUCAUGUGGUUCAAUAUUACGAAAACGUCGAAAAAAUUCAAAAAGUAUUAAUAAAUCAUCAAUAUCAAAUCCAUGUCAAUUUCAACAUAUAACUUGUUUACAAGUUAAAGAUCGUGUUCGUUUAAUAUCACUUGAUCAAUGUCUAAUCCCAUGUGACAAUUAUUCGAAUGAACAUAUUUAA